UCUUGCUCGUUGCCGUCUGUGGGUGUUCUGGGCGGAUGCGUGUUCUGCUUGCGGCCCUUCAUAUUGUUGUUUUCUGGGAGUUUGAGUGACGCUCCGUCGCAAUCUGGUUGCGGAAGUGAAGCGCUUUCGUUCGUUACCUGCCCAUCGGCAGGUGGCGUUUAGAUUUGUGGGACUACCAAUCGUCCGGGUCAACGUUACCAGAAUAGCGGACGCCGGACAGGAACCACCCGGCCGUUAUCGGGAGCAGGUGCUUCUCCCUGGCUUGAAGUCACGGCCCUCAUUACCUGGCGUAUCAUACCUGGCCUGCUACAUUACCAUACCAGUAAAGUAAGCUGGUCAAAUAUUCAAAUAGGGCUUUCAACGCAAGGUUCAUAACGUGAACCAACGUGGUAUCCGUGUGGUGACACCACUGGUGAAGGGUACUGUCACAAAUGGGGCUAGGGUCCAGCAAGGAUGAGAGCUCCGGCCUCCAGUCACAACCAGCUGACCAGAGUGAUCCAGCUCUAGGGUCCAGCGUUGAUGAGAGCCCCGACCGCCAGUCACAACCAGCUGACCAGAGUGAUCCAGCUCUAGGGUCCAGCGUUGAUGAGAGCUCCGACCGCCAGUCACAACCUGCUGACCAGAGGGAGCCAGCUCUCCGGUCUAGCAAGGAUGAGAGCAUCGACCACCAGUCACAACCAGCUGACCAGAGGGAUCCAGCUCUAGGGUCUAGCAAGAAUGAGAGCUCCGACCACCAGUCACAACCAGCUGACCAGAGUGAUCCAGCUCUAGGGUCCAGCGUUGACGAGAGCUCCGACCGCCAGUCACAACCAGCUGACAAGAGAGAGCGAGCUCUCAGGUCUAGCAAGGAUGAGAGCAUCGACCACCAGUCACAACCAGCUGACCAGAUGGAUCCAGCUCUGGGGUCCAGCAAGGAUGAGAGCUCCGACCGCCAGUCACAACCAGCUGAUCAGAGAGAGCCAGCUCUCUCUGAUGGUGCUGCAAUGGAAGCAGCAUCUGAAGAGGAGAGUAAGGACAAGUAUCAACCACCAAAUCUGGCUGAGUACAGUGAUCACUACUACUCAACCAAUGCACCUCAUCCAGACCUGGUGAGAGCAUGUGAAGAUGACGAUGGGGAACAAGUACGACAAGCCGUGAACAGCGGCACUGCAACCGAACCUGUGAUUAGACCGGAUCUCAUGGAAGAAGUGCCAGAGUCAUACUUUCAAAAUGUCCAUCGCUCUCAUAGAAUUCCUAUGACCAUCAUGGCUCUUCUGAUGCUGGCAGCAUGCUACUAUGGCAGCAUUCAUUGUGUCCAGUUUUUACUGUGGUGUGAUCCGUCGCUCCUGCACGGCAAGGUUAUGUUCAAUCGCUUAAGUCAGCCACGAGAGUACUGCAUCCCAGUAUCACUUCUACAUGUCUGCGCGGUCCGUGGACAUAAAGCACUGUGUGAGCUGCUGAUGAGAAAAGGCAUAGCAGUUAAUGUCCAAGAUGAGGAGGGUGGUAACACACCAUUACAUGUUGCAGCCUAUACUGGUCAUGUUUCUGUAGUAGAAUGUCUUCUCACUUCUGGACAUUCGCUGGAACUAAAGAAUAAUGUAAGUCAUUAUUAUUAUCCGUGAUGCAUUCUUGUUUGUAUAUGAGUAGAAAGAAGAAUUACGCAGGUGAAUAAAUUCAGUGGGUAUUGACAAUGCCUGUGGGUCUGUUUUACGCUUGAAAUUCACAAUUGGCAAUUUUGUUAUGUCCAC